AUGUCGCGUAACGUCAGCGACUUGUAUUGCGUGGCCACAGCUAUUUCACGAGUAGGAUGUCUCUUUCUUGAAAACCAACGCGAAGCCUUGUGGAAGCAUGCAGUGACAUCCAGUAUCCUCAAGCCGGUCAUUUUCCCUCACGAUGCACCUGUCAAUCCUCCAGGACAACAUGCCGAAGCAGCAACAGCAUCCCAACCUACUACUACUACUACUACCCAUGAGCACGAUCGCCCAGAAUCUUUGAAUGAAGAAAGCCUUAAUCAGCACCAGCAUCAGCAACAACAACAACAACAGCAGCAGCCGAUCGAACCUACUGUGUCGACACCAAACGUUGAGCCAACAAUGUCUUCAGCAAGCGUAUCACUUGGAGCAGAUGUUCACACCACACAAGAGCCUGAUAUCACAUUGAAGGCAGAGCAAUUAGAAGCUAUCAGUAAUAAGGAUACGUAUGAUGCUAUCAUCGAAGAGCCAUUGGAGCAGCGCAAGGCCCUUAAGGAGUCAAGGAUACCUACAACACGAGCAGGACGGCUAUGGCAUUAUGGAACACUUGCAGCUGGAUUGGGUGUUGGUGCGAUGAAUGAAUCAUUCAAGAGGGCGACUGGAUUAUCAAAGAACGCUCAGGGAUCAGCUAUGCUAAGUGAUCGCAAUGUGGACCUGCUUGUGAACAAGAUAUCACAGAUGCGUGGAGCAGCGCUCAAGAUGGGACAAAUGCUUAGCAUCCAAGGUAUUCAAGCUGCAAGCGACAAGGAAAGCUGGAUUCCUCCGCAAAUGGAACAGAUCUUGCUCAAAGUACACGACAGUGCCAAUUACAUGCCACAAAAGCAAAUGGAGGCUGUCAUGAGAAAGGGACUCGGUGGUGAAUGGAAGACACACUUUAGCAAGUUUGAUCCAGUGCCAAUAGCAGCUGCAUCGAUUGGUCAAGUACAUGCUGCAACAUUGGCUUCAACAGGAGAAGACGUCGUCAUCAAAGUACAAUAUCCAGGCGUGGCUCAAUCAAUCGACAGCGACUUGAACAAUCUGAUGGCCAUCUUGACAUUCAGUAACUUGCUUCCUCGAGGAUUAUAUCUUGAUAACACUGUACGUGUUACUCGUCAAGAGCUUGCAUGGGAAUGUGAUUAUCUACGAGAGGCUGCCAAUACACAACGCUACGGUGAUUUAAUAAGCGGUGAUGAGCGAUACAAGGUUCCUCGGGUUUAUCACGACAUGUGUUCAUCCAACAUCCUUGUGCUUGAGCGUCUACGGGGUCGAGCUUUGAGUAAGGCUGUCAAUGAAGAUGAUCAGGGAUUACGUGAUCGACUUGGUGAACGAUUAUUACGACUAUGUCUUCGUGAGGUGUUCUCGUUCCAAUUCAUGCAAACCGAUCCCAACUGGUCCAACUUCUUUUAUAAUCCAAACCGUAAUCAGGGUCAGCUCGAGUUGCUUGAUUUUGGUGCUUGUCGUCCUUUUGGUGAUGAUUUCCUUGCUCUCUACGGUCAAAUUCUUAAGGCAGCAGCCCAUGGUGAUCGUGAUGGUGUAUGGCAUUAUUCUGAAAAGCUUGGCUUUGUUACAGGACUUGAAACAGCUGUGAUGCGUGAGGCCCAUAUUGAUAGCGUCAUGGUGUUGGGUGAACCUUUCCGUGCAGAUGCUCCUGAUCUUUUUGACUUUGGUGUGCAAACAAUCACCGGUCGUGUUCGUGAUACGAUCCCUGUCAUGCUUCGUCACCGCUUGACCCCACCACCUGAUGAGACUUACGGGUUACAUAAGAAGCUUUCUGGUGCAUUUCUUCUCUGUACCAAGCUCCGGAGUCGUUUCAACACAAAGGCUGUUUGGCAAGAGGAGGUUGAGAGGGUGUUCUCUUAA